AUGGAAGAGGUAGAGGAAGAGGAAACACCACAAGUCAUAGUUGAGGACGAAGCCCAACCAACAAGGGAGACAACCAAGGCCAAGAGAACCUUGGAAGAAGAAGAAAUUGCUCAACCACUUCCAUUUUCAACACUUGCAAAGAAAGCUAGAAAGCGCAUAGAACUCGACCCAAAAAUGGUAGAAAUGUUCAAGAAAGUUGAGGUAACCAUCCCCCUCUUUGAUGCUAUCCAUCAAGUUCCUAGAUAUGCAAAAUUCCUCAAAGAUCUAUGCAUAAACAAGGAUAGAAUUCUUGAAUUGGAAACCAUCCCAUUGGGGAGUUCUAUUUCCGCUUUAAUGGGAGCACUGCCCGAGAAGUGUGAUGAUCCGGGCCCUUGUAUGGUCACUUGCACCGUCAAUGGAGUUCAAUUUAUAGACUGUAUGUGUGACCUCGGAGCAUGUGUUAGCAUCAUGCCGCUCUCCGUCUACCGGGUAUUGAAGUUGCCACCACUAAAAAGGUCGACGGCAAGAUUUGUCCUAGCGGAUAAAAGCAUAAUAACCGUGACGGGUGUUGCGGAAGAUGUAUUGGUGAAUAUCAAAGGGUUGGUGUUUCCAAUUGACUUCUAUGUCCUUGAAAUGCCAUCAAAUGGGAGAGUUGUAAGUUUCAGCCUAGAGGAAGCAAUGAAACAUCCGCCGGAGAAUCACUCUCUAUUCCGGUGUGACCCAAUUGAUAACAUGGUUGCCGAAGUGCACCUUGCAAAGUUAGACGAGAAGUACAUGAUUGAAGAAGCAAAUGAGGAUCCAAGUAAAGUGAACACUACACACCAUACAAACCAUUUGGAAACUCAAACUUCAAAGAAUGAAAAGAAGAUGGAAUUGAAGCCACUACCACCCCAUUUAAGAUACUCAUAUCUUGAUGAAGCCCAAGAACUCCCUGUGAUAAUUGCAAAAGAGUUAACCCCUCAACAAGAAGACAAAUUGCUAGAUGUAUUGAGGAAAAACAAAAGGGCAAUCGGGUGGACUUUGGCGGAUCUAGUGGGAAUAAGCCCCAAGUAUGCGAGCAUCGCAUAUUUCUUGAAGAAGGAGCAAAACCGGUCCGACAACCUCAAAGGAGACUUAAUCCAACUAUUCUUGAGGUUGUGA